CCAUCAUGAACACUCGCUGUCCCUUCAAGACUCAAUCGGAGUCUUGACAUGAAGCUUCUCUCUUCGCAUAGUAUGCCGAAAGAAACCGGGAUCACAAGGAAGGAUGUUAUAUUGGUCACCCCGGAAUAUGCAUGGCAUUCAAAAUAGAAAAUUCGUCAUCGAAGUCUGAUGCUUUGUCUGCCGCAGAAAGAGCCAAGUCAGCCAUUGGUGGAAGCUACUCAUUGUCCAAGACUUUAGACCAGGGGUUGUGCAUGAGGCAUCGCUAGCUUGACGGCUCUGGCUCCAUCGGUACUCAGGGUUCGGCAGUGCUCCUGCUGGAACCAGUUAUUUAAGGUAUGUUGUCCAGAACAUCGCUCCUGUCGCUUCUCUCGCUUGCAGCUGGGGUCGUCAAUGCAGACUUUGGCAUAACAACCAGCGAUGAUUCCUAUGUCAUCAACGCCAAUUCUCCCAACUCGCUGGUAUUUACUGUGGACCGUGGAAGCUGCGAUAUUACCUCUAUUGUGCAUUAUGGCACAGAGCUACAGUAUUCCGGCAAGGGCAGCCAUAUUGGUUCCGGUCUUGGAACUGCCACAGUGUCUGCUACCAAGAGUGGCGACUAUAUCAAGGUGACCUGUGAAACGGACACAUUGACCCAGUAUAUGGUUGUCCAUGAUGGUGAUCCUAUCAUUCAUAUGGCCACCUAUAUUACAGAGGAGCCAUCUAUCGGUGAAUUGCGAUUCAUUGCUCGACUCAACCCGGAUGAACUCCCCAACGAGGAGCCGUUCGGCGAUGUGUCCAACACUGCUGGUGGGGAGGCCAUUGAAGGAUCUGACGUGUUCCUCGUCGAUGGGGAAACUCGUAGCAAGUUCUAUUCCAGCCAGCGCUUCAUUGACGAUCAAAGACACUGCAUUGCGGGCGACGAGCACCGCGUCUGCAUGAUCCUCAACCAAUACGAAACCUCUUCCGGUGGCCCAUUCCACAGGGACAUCAACUCCAACAACGGAGGCGACUACAACUCUCUCUACUGGUACAUGAACUCGGGUCAUGUCCAAACCGAGUCCUACCGCAUGGGUCUUCACGGACCGUACUCGAUGUACUUCAGCCGCAGCGGCACCCCCAGCACCGACAUCGACACGUCCUUCUUCGCAGACCUCGACAUCGAAGGCUACGUCGCCGAAGCAGACAGGGGAACCGUAUCGGGAACCGCGUCAGGCGCUGACUCGAGCUUCGACUGGGUCGUUCACUGGUACAACGACGACGCCCAAUACUGGACCUACACAUCCUCCUCCGGCAGCUUCACCUCGCCCGCCAUGAAGCCCGGAACAUACACCAUGGUCUACUACCAAGGCGAGUACGUCGUCGCCACCAGCGAAGUGACGGUCAGCGCCGGCUCGACCACAACCAAGAACAUAUCCGGCUCCGUCAAAACAGGAACGACCAUCUUCAAGAUCGGCGAUUGGGACGGACAACCAACCGGCUUCCGCAACGCAGAAAACCAACUCCGCAUGCACCCCUCCGACUCCAGAAUGUCCGACUGGGGUCCCCUAACCUACACCGUCGGCAGCUCCUCGCUAACUGACUUCCCCAUGGCCGUCUUCAAGUCCGUCAACAAUCCAGUAACUAUCAAAUUCACCGCGACAUCCGACCAAACCGGUGCAGCGACGCUGCGUAUCGGAACUACGCUGUCGUUCGCGGGUGGACGUCCUCAAGCGACGAUAAACGACUACGAAGGCUCAGCGCCAUCCGCACCGACGAACCUGAACUCCCGUGGCGUGACUCGUGGCGCGUAUAGAGGCUACGGCGAGGUGUAUGAUGUUUCGGUUCCGGAGGGGACGAUUGUCGAGGGGGAGAAUACGAUCACGAUUAGUGUUAUCUCGGGGAGUUCGGGGGAUGAGUUUUUGAGCCCGAAUUUUAUCUUUGAUUGUGUGGAGCUGUUUCAGUGAGGAUGGUAUCUAGUAUGAGUAUAGGUUGAUGCAGUGUUGAUAGUGGCUCUAUAUCGGGAUAUUUGUGGACCAUUGAUUAUAUAUUCUAGUCU